AUGCGGUUGAUCCUGACGCCAGUACUGACUGUCAUAUUGUAUGUGCUACCAACCAGCUAUGGCCAGUUGUUGGGAGUUACUAUUGGUGGCAUUGGUGUGACCGUUCUGGGAACAUCCUCCAUUAUUGGCAUUGGAGGAGGAGCCGGUGGCACCACAACAACUGGAACUUUGAUUUCAACAACAACGGCAGGGGCAACUACUGCACCAACAACUACCGUUGCAGGCACUUCAACUUCAGUCAGCACGUCAUCAAAAUCCAGUACUUCUGCGGGAAACACAGUGGUAUUCAACAUAGGAGGAAACAUUGUAACGGUCGCCUCGAGUGAUCUGGCCACUAUAACUGCCAUAUUGGCUUCUCUGCAAACUGCAAGUACAACUGCAGCGACAACAACUACUACUGUAGCAACAACAACCGCUAGUCCAACCACAACAACCACUGCUGCUACGACCACAACAUCUACUGUGGCAUCAACAUCGACUGUUUCGUCUACAACUGUAGGAGCUUCUACUACUACUGCAGGCUCGACAACAACGACCACGGCGGGAACCACGACAACGGGCUCUUCUGCGGUUUCCAUCUCUAUAACGAUUAACUUCAAUGGAACUACGAUAAUUGUUGAGGCUAACAACUCUUCCUUACUGACACUGCUGACACAGCUGUUGAAUCAGUUAUCUUCGACCACGUCUACAACAUCCACAACUGCGUCCCCGACCUUGAAGAUAACAACUACGCGAGCAUGGCACAGGCACCAUCAUAGUCACGAGUUUUUUGGAUUAGGAUUUGGAGGCAGAAUUGGGUUAGGUGGUCCUGGAGGAUUCCUUGGAAUUGGAGGAGGAGUUCAUGUAGGCAGACCAGCGGUCGCUCCAUUUGUAUCCUUUAACACACCGGCACCAGUGCUACCGCUAGUGCCAGUGGUUAAUCCUAUUGGUCUCAUUGCCAGACCAGUGCUGAAUGCUGCCGGACGCAUCGUAACCGGAAUUGGUAAUGUAGCUGGAGGUAUAGUGAAUGGAAUCAGUCAAGGUAUCAGCAAUGUAGUUGGAGGAAUUGCAAACACUGCCAAUUCUCUAGGAACAGCAAAUGCGGGUAUCUCUGCAGGAGUAGGAUUGGGUGGUGGAAUUGGAAUGGGCGCUGGGCUCGGCCUCAACGCAAGGCUGAUUGGUUGA